AUGGCGCCUUCGGGAUUUCUCCUGACUGGAGCCUCCUUUGCCGCCUUCCGGGGGCUGCACUGGGGGCUGCAGUUGCUGCCCAUGCCGGGAUCUGCUGCACAGAACCGCUGGAAGUGGCGGUACAUCGUAGUCUCGCCGAUGCACAGCCUGCUCACCGGGACCGGGACCGGGGACCGCCAACUGGAUUCAUGGCCACCGGCCCUGAGUCCUGCUGCUGGGGUCAAUGUCAGUCCCCUUCUCCCACCUUCCAUAGGUUACUUCCUGGCCAAUGGAACUUACAUGCUGUGGAACCAGAUCGGUCAGGCCUAGGAUCUUCUUUGUCACCAUUUGAUAAUGUGCUGCCUCAGCACCAUUGUUCUGUCUCAUUACUACAUGGGCUUCUUAGUGGUGUCUCUGCUGUUGAAGCUGAACUCUGCCUGCUUGCACCUACAGAAACUGCUGCUGCUUUCUCACCAAAUCCUCUUCCUAGCCUUCAGUGUGACCAGGGCCCUCUUCUACCUGAUAUUCCUAUGGUAGAUGAGUCUGUGGUUGCUCUGGCAGCAAUGUCAGGUGCCUCUUGCUCUGGUCAUCCUUGGUGGAACUGGACUGGUCAUUGUGUUGCUGCAAGUAUUACACUGUGUGUUGGAAUCCAGAUCAGUCAUCACUGUGGUCUUGGCCCCACCCUUCCUUGGGUUGAAGAAAACCAGGUGGACUAGAACAUGUGAUGUUGAGCCUGUCACCAGGGACAAUUCCAUUCUCAGCCUAAAAGUCUACAGAAAGUGGCAGGCUCCUCCUCUACCAGCCCUAGACAGGAGAUGGGGCCAGGAUAAGGAGAUGGUGACCUUUACUGAACAGUUCUCCAUGGGGAUAAGGACUGGACUACAGUAUCUCAGGUCCUCUUCCAGCUAA